AGAUCACACCAAACCUCAACAUGAUGUCUCCACAUUCCUUAUCCGUUUUAGUCUCCUCAGUCUUGGGACUGGUCUUGGCAAUCCCUUCUAACACUUGUAUUGUGAUGGGUAAUCUGGACAUCAUCAGAAAGAAAGGGAAGUUGAGUCCCUCCGAUGUGAUCUUUCUGGGGAAGGGAAUUGUGAAUAUUCUCCUCCAGUGUGUGCUGAGCCUACAGGGAAUGUUACUUGUCUUUUCUCCUGCAAUCUUAUGCAUUAUACAAGUUUAUGUGUUUGUCUUUGCAGUAGUUUACUUCCUAACCUAUUACAGCUUCUGGUUGACCUUCUGGCUCUCGGCUCAUUACUGUACCAGCAUCACCAAUCUCAGCUAUGGGUUCUUCAUCUGGAUAAAGAGAAUUGUGUCCAAUUUCCUGAGUCACCUUCUAUUCCUGACGGCACUUGGGGUGUUCAUUAUGACUGUCCCGGGCUUCUGGAUUGUGUAUGCAGAAAUUCCUCUCCAGUCUUCUGAGAACAGUACAGAAGACUGUGUUACUGGGUUCCAUGUCAGCCUUUCCUAUUUUGUGUCUACAAACAUCCUAGGCGUCAUUCUUCCAUUCUGCCUUAGUCUUCUGUGCCUGGUCCUCACUUUCUCCUUUCUGCUCAGACACGUCUGCAGGGUGAAGAAUAACGACUCGGGAUCAACACGUCCAAAUCUUCAGGCUCAUGUCACGGCACUGAGGACAAUCUUCUUCUUACUUCUCAUGUUCACAUUCUUCAUCAUGCAUUAUGUGCUUCUGUUUCUUCCAAAUUUCACACUGGUUAUAAUCGGUUGGACUUUUCGAUUAUUAUCUCCAUCACUGGAGGCCGCCAUCAUCUUCCAGGCCAGCAACAAGCUGAGAAGGAUCAUUCUGAGAAGAUUCUGGACCAGAAGCCGGAGGAACACAGAGACUUAA